UGCUGAGCAGGGAGAUAAAUAGUCCCCCUCCAAAAGCAGACCAAAUGAGCAGGACCUCCCUCACCCAGGGCCCCAUUUUGCUAAGUCUCUUUAGGGUGUAAGGAGGCGAGGAUCCAUCUGCACCCCUACCUCCCUGGAGGUCCUGGCCAGGACCAUGGGCUCUUUUCUCCUCACCCUACUUUCUUUUGGGCUGUGUCUGAGCCUGGGGAUCACAGCACAAAUAGUCACACUCUCCAAACCCAUCCUCUGGGCAAAGCCUCGCUCUAUGGUUGCCUGGGGCACAGAUGUAAUCCUGUGGUGCCAAGGUCCCCCUGGAGUUGACAUGUACCGCCUGGAGCGGCUCGACUCCCCCAAUGACUACAAGGACCAGCCUGGCCUUCCGGGGACAGAAGCCCGGGCACGGUUUCCCCUGGGCAGUGCGCUGGCCUCUGUCGCAGGCAGGUACAGGUGUUCCUACAGGAAUGGGAGUCGCUGGUCACAGCCCAGCAACCAGUUGGAGCUCAUAGUGACAGGCUUGUAUGACAAACCCUCCUUCUCCAUCCUGCCUGGCACUGAGGUGUCUUCUGGGGAGAAUGUGACAUUCUCUUGCAGCUCCAAAUUUGGCUUUAAUAUGUUUACAAUAGCCAAGGAGGGAAGAGCUGGCAUCUGGAGGACUCAGGAAGGGUUGUCUCCGGUCUACUUCUCCAUCCCUACAGUGACCGCCAGUCACAAUGGCACCUAUCAAUGCUAUGGGUUUGACAGUCACUUUCCCCACCUGUGGACAGCCCCAAGUGAACCCUUGGAGCUCCGGGUCAAAGGAAUUCCUCAACCCCCCUCCCCAAGAGAGUCAAAUACUCCGACUGGAGCUCCCACAUCCCCCCACAUUUUCCCAGAUAAGGUGGACAUCCCAAUAGGUCUCACUUCCCAGGAUUAUACUGUGUCCAACCUUGUCCGACUGGUCUUGGCUGGAUUGACAGUGGCUGCCCUGGGGGUACUUCUGGCUGAAGCCUGGAGGGCAAAAUUCCACAUGCUUUCAGGGUCCCCUUCCCAGGCCCAGGGCCCAACAGCUCCACAGGUGAAGGGAUUGCCUCUCUAAUGAUCCUGGACCCACACUGCUGAUCCACAGAGACUGGUCUCAGGGUGGGAGGUCCGGGUAAGAUGCCUCAGGGAGUUCUAAGGGUCUGCCUAAAGGCAUGGGGCAGAGGAAGAGGGAGUGUCUAUGAGUCUGUUGGGUCCAAGGACCUGCCAAGGACCUUCAUAAAGAACAGAGAAAUGUUGGUAAGCCCUUA